UUUUGAAAGGUGCGUUUCUCCUGUGACGAGUGAACGAAGCUUCAAACAGGAGCACCAUGGAUAUUUCGAGUAUGCUCGAGGUACAGGUGAAGGAAGAAACAGACGUCAAGGAGAACGUAACACCAGAAAAUGAUCAGGCAUCCAGCGCGACCAGCGUGGCCCUCGCCCCGUUCUCCCAGGAGGAGAGCAAUUACCACAAGCUCAUAUUCGGCAACGAUAUCGCAUCGGUGCGAUUCCGUAGAAUUCAUUGUACGGCCUGCGACAUACACAUUGGUUCGGCUCCGGCACAAGCGCAUAAUAUGUUUGAACAUCCUGUACUUCGUACAUUAUUGUGUUCAAAUUGUCGGGAUUUUUAUGGCGAUGGCUGUUUUGAGCAAGGUGAUGACGCUACGGAUAUGUUCUGCCGAUGGUGCGCCAAUGGUGGCAAUUUAUACUGUUGCUCCUAUUGCAGCAAUACUUUCUGUUAUAAAUGUAUAAGGAGAAACUUUUCGUCUUUAGUGAGAAAAAAGAUCGAAGCCGAUGAGAAAUGGAAAUGUUUUGUAUGCCAUCCAAGUGAUUUGUAUAAUGCAAGAGCUGUGUGCUGGGCUCUACUUCAACAUGUACAAACAGUGAGAAGGAUACUUGCGCAGGACAAGAAGAUGAGCACUCAAGAGAUCGAGGAGAAGAUGAAUUUGGACGAAUCGACGUGUUGUCCGCGCAGAAGUAAACGUAAGCGACGAAGACUCGAAUCCAAUUCCGAGGAAGAAGACGAAACGUAUUUACCUAAGGUCAAUGGAAUACCGGGACAUAUAAAACGUAAACAACUGAGAAGAUUCAGUCCGAUGAUGCAGAACGGUAUUGUUACGAAAGGAGCACAGUUUGCCAACCGAAUGCCAAUUCCUAUCAGACCACGCCCGACAUCGUUCCUUACCGGUCAAUCUUUUAACGCUGAAUCAUCGAAAUCUGUCAUCGGUCAAAAAAAUUCAACUGUAACCCCAUCAGAGAGUAUCGUCCUUUCAUCGCCCAGUGUGAUCAAUUCAAAUACUUCGUUACCGUCGAGAUUCGAUCCCAAUGCGUUGCAGCAGCAAUCAUCUUCCUUGUAUCACACAUCUUUUAUGAACGCCUCGGGGUCCACUGCUUACAUUCAAACGCCUAUUCCGAUGAAUCGGAUUAUUAUCCCGCCACAGCCGCAGCCACAGUUGACGUACCAGCCACAGCAAGCGAGCUCUUAUCAAUCGUCGCAGUCGCUUCAAUCUUCGCCAAACACAAUGGUGUCGAUACCUAAUCCAGUGGACAACAACAGCAGACCUCUAUUUAUUCUUCCAAAGCCAAAAGAUUUGGGUAUAACAUUAACUCCUAACAUAAUCGAUCUCGAUAGCGAUUCCGAUGAUGAACCAAGGGUCGUCGAGCAGCAAACUAAUUUGACGAUCGACACAGACAGAGACAACACAGACACCGAUAAGAUUGUACCUGUUGCUCUCACCUGGGAAAAGAGUGACGACGAUGGUGUAAGGCAGGAACAGCCUCUGAGAAUGACAUGCGCGACUGUAAAAAAGGAUGUCUCCUUUAGCGAAAUGAUGUUGCCACAUAGCCGAGAAUUGGAUAAACUUUUAAAGGAUGCAAAGGAAAAAAUGUAUAAUUUCUUCGACUUGAACAAUGCAGUCGAAAACAUUGAAAUACAAUCGCAACAGAAAAUCAUGCAUUUCUAUUGCAAUAUGCGUGAAACAGUUUUUCAAUUAGUACACAUCAACGAUAGGAUAGCACGCCAAUACAUUGAAUGGAGGAGAUCUCAGAAGACGGAAAUGGAAACGGAAACAUUGGCUUCGGUUAAUGAAAAUUCAUUAGAAUCGUCCCGAGAAAAUGUAGAUAUUCCCUUAGAUAUGACUUGCGUCAACGAUUCUGAUACUGAAUCUGACUACGAAAGUCAGGAAUGUCGGAUAAUGAAGCCAUCCGAUUUAGUUAAAGAUAAUAAUAUUAUUAAGGAUUUAUUAUUUUAUAAAAAAAAUGUUGUGCAUCGUGGUAUUGGUGAUGAUAGUGUGCACUUGUCUGUAGACAAAGCAAUUCAGGUGUAUGAUAUUGUCUCGAGGGAUUAUGAGAAAUGCAUCGGUUAUUCUAUGCUUACGAAAACCGCCUACGACCCGAAAACGGACGAUAGCGUUUUGGAUUCCCCACUUACAUCUGACAAGAAUUUCGGCAAAUACGAGGAACAGUUUAUCUACUAUUUACAGCACAUCGAGGAUAAUGGCAUUGAGACGGAAGAUUCCAAGAGUUUGAUAGAUUCGGACGAAACGCCACUUCACGAACUGCAAACGGAUCUACCAUUCGCUUCGCAUUUGUUCCAAGAUAUCGAUUUACCUGAAUCUACUGAAUCAGUUGAAUCUACUGAUCAAUUGAAAAAUUGUCGCCAAGGAACAAAUACCGAUAUAUCUAUUGUAUCUACUGAUCAAUUGAAAAAUUCUCAACCAGAAGAAAAUAUCGAUUCAUCCGCUGUAUCUAGCAGUCAAUUGAAAAAUUGCCAACAAGAGAAAAAUAUCGAUUUAUCUGUUGUAUUUACCGACCAAUUGAAAAAUUGCCAGCAAGAAGAAAAUAACGAUUUGUCUGUCGUGCCUGCCAAACAAUUGGAAAACUGUCAACAAGAGAAAAAUAUCGACUUGCCUAUUGUAUCUGUUGAGCAGUCGAAAAAUUGCCAACAAGAAAAACAUUUGAGUGAUAACGUUGACUCAGUGACCGAAGAUGACAAAAGUGAGACACUGGAUAAAAAUGACGAAGAAAUUGUUAGUAAUUCUAAUAUUAAGAUACAAGAAGUAAGUAUGGAAUUGAACGACAAGUUUCAACCAACGGAAUUGCCAACAAUUCAUAUAGAUGCAAUGGAUGAUGAUGUGAUUGUGUCAGAUAAUGAAGCAAAUUCAAAUAAAAAUGAUGUAAUAAAUAUAGGAGUAGCUGCUUCCACGGAAAGUGAGGAGGAUUGUACUAUUAUCGAUGAUUAAUGAGAAUGGAUUAUUUAUUAAUUGUAUUGUUGUAGAUUAAAUACUCUUACCAUUCAAUUUUGGAAUUGAUCAUUAUAGUAGAAAUGCGUCUUGAUUUGAAAUUUCGAUAUUUUGCGAUAUCUCA